AUGGAGACAACUGAAAUUGCAGCUUUUUAUCAGAAUACGGCAGAUGAGCUUUAUCUCCUGUUUGAGCAAUUCUGUGACCACUUUCAUGCAACAUCAAGAAAUUCAUUGUAUUUGAAUUUCAUUUCAUCCCACUCAAAUAACAUGCAUGCUCGGGAGCAACUAAGAAGUGCUAAAAAUAAAGCAAGUAGUUCUUUGCAGUUUGUGAAGAAGAUGCUAGUUUCUUUGCCUUUUAGUUGUCAGUCGCAGAGCCCUUCUCCCUACUUUGACCAAUCUCUUUUUCGCUUUGAUGAAAAGUUAUCUUUAGCAAGAGCAAACCUACGCAGUCAAGUUGACCAAAUAAACUAA